AUGCUACGUACAUCUAGUACAAUACCAGCUCUAAAAUUGGUUUAUACCAAAUCGUUUGUAUCCCGAAUUAUAGACUUCUUCCGUGAAGCGCUGGAAUCUCGACCGAUCCCCAUGCGUGAAGAAUUCGUUGAAGGGCAAAAAUUAACAACUGAAGCCUUAGAAAAGCUCGAUUUUGGUGAGGGCAAACAUGUCGUUCCUCGUACAUUCGGAGAUAAAUCAGCAUACUAUAUAGUCAAGAUGUUGCGCACCUUACCCGAUACUUACUUCAAACGAAAUCACUACAUGCGCGCUAUGAUGUUAGAAACUAUUGCAGCUGUACCCGGUAUGGUAGGUGCUAUGUUACGUCAUAUGAAAUCUUUACGUAAUAUGACAGAAGAUGGCGGCUGGAUCUCUCAUUUAUUGCAUGAAGCUGAAAAUGAAAGGUUUCAUUUGAUUUGCUGGAUCAAGUGUGCUCAACCUACUUUUUUCCAUCGUUUGCUUGUAUUGGGUGCUCAAGGCAUUUUCUUCAACGCCUACUUUAUGCUGUAUCUUUUCAGCCCCAAAACGGCUCAUCGUAUGUGUGGUUAUUUGGAAGAAGAAGCUGUCAUCUCUUAUACACAUUUUCUGAACGAUAUUGAUGCAGGUCUUAUCAAAAAUGAGCCAGCUCCAAAAAUAGCAAUUGACUACUACAAUUUACAUCCCACUGCUACUGUUCGCGACGUUGUACUUGCUGUAAGAGCCGAUGAAGCUGUUCACCGAGAUUGCAAUCACUUUUUAUCCGAUCGUAUUGCUCAAAAUAAAGAAGAUAUUAUCUCUGAGCCAAAACCAAGUUGA